UGGGUGGUGCUGGUAAAUAGAUUGAUUGAGGUAGAAAUAGAAGCGAACACACAGAAGAGAGAAACCCAGGAACUGGAAUCAAACCAAGCUUUUCCUUUGAGAAAAAGAAUUUCAUGUCCAUCUUGCCCUCCCUGAAUCACGGUUCAACUUCGUCGUCUUCCUCCUCUCUCUCACCAUCUCAAUCUUCUACCUCAAAUCAUGGAUCCCUCUCUUCUCCUCCUCAACUUCACCAAGCGGUCCGAAUCCCCCAUGAAAACCUCCGAAUCUCUGAUACCCCCUCCUCGCUGCCAGACCAUUUCUCAGGACAAGUGGAGCCUGCUGGAAGCUAUUCAGGUGGAUCUUCCAAAGAGGUGAAAGGGAGGGAGAGACAUAACCAUGGCAAAAAUCCAAUUAAUCUAGAUGGUGGCAGGACCUUGCAUUCUGAGGAUGCUGCUCAUGGGCAGAUUGCAUCCAUGGAGUCGCAAGGGAAAGCAUCUGGUACCUUUGGUUCCCCAAACAGUCGUCAGAGUGCUGCAUCUUCUAGUUCCCAGACGAGCUCUGGGCAUUUAACUGGGAAAAAAUCGCAGAUGGUUAGCGGCAACCACUUGUUAAAUUUUCAUUAUGAUCCUAUUCCUGUUUCUCGUCCACAGUCUAGGGCACCUGCUCGGCGAAAAGAACAAAAGAGAAAACCUUAUAACAAGGACUUAUUUUUCCAAGCAAACUACAAGUUUGUAGUGCUAGAUUCCGGGACCUAUGCAGCUGCAUCUCUGGAUCCAGACAAGAUGUUAUGUUGGGACGAUAUCAUUUGCUUGAAGUACUCCACUCCUCUUCCUAUCCAGUGUCCCAUAUGUUUGGAUGAUCCCUUGUGUCCACAAAUAACCUCAUGUGGCCAUAUCUUCUGUUUCCCAUGCAUUUUGCAAUACUUUUCCAUGGGUGAGGAUGAUCUUAAAGAUGAAUGCUGGAAAAAGUGCCCAUUGUGCUUCACAAUGAUAUCUUCAAAAGAUUUGUACACCAUCUGCAUUGAGAAUGUCAAUCAGUACCAUAUCGGCGAUGAAAUAGAAUUUGUGUUAUUAACCCGUCAAAAAGAUUCAUUCAGUUCUUCUCUUAGAGAGAAGGGAACAAUUAAUAUGGAGGAGGAGAUUCUGGAUACCUUCUCAAAGAUUACCUUGACUUCAGAUGUGGAGCUUUCUGUUAGAGAGGCAAUGUCAGAUCUAGAUAGUUGGAUAGCCAGAGCUGAUUCAGGCUUAGUUGAUGACAUUGAAAAACUUCCAUAUGUUUGUGCUGCCAUGGAACAGUUGGAACGGAGGAAGAAAUAUUGGAUUCAGCAUCGCCUUUCUAAUGAUAACAAGGCUAGUGCAAGUUCAUAUGGAUCUUCACCACCUGCAAGUACUGCUGGUGCCAAUUAUGGCGGGCAGGAAUUUGCAUCAGGAACAAUCUCCACUGUUAAGAACGAUAAGUUUGAUUCGUUUGAAAAUUCAUCUCCAAGCAAGGUGGCUGGAGAGUUCUGUUCACCUCAAGUUGCAGAAUCAAAUGAACUGUUAGAAGAUCAUGACAGAUUGCCAUGUUCUUCAUUGAAUGAUAAUAAGUAUUCACAGACACAUUAUAAUGGCAUCAAGGAUAGGAAAGAUGGGGAUUCAUACAAUUUCUACCAGGCCGUUGAUGGUCAGCACAUUAUCCUUCAUCCAUUAUGCAUGAAGUGCCUUCUACAUCAUUAUGGCUGUUAUGAAAGGCUUCCUAAUAGAAUCACUGGAAAGAUCUUACAGUUGGAGACAGUGACCCAAUCAGAGGCGACGAGGCGGCGCUAUCGCUUCUUAAGCCAUUUCUCCUUAACAACAACAUUUCAGCUUUGUGAAAUUGAUGUGCGUGAUGUAUUACCUGCUGAAUCCCUUUCUCCUUUUAUGGAUGAAAUCAAGAACAGAGAAAAGCAAAGAAAGAGACUUGCUAAGAAGGAACUCAAGGAUAAAAUUAAGGCUGAAGCUGCAUGCAAUCAGCUUGUUCCUGUGCAGUAUUACUCGUGUGAUGUUCCCCCCAGCUUUUCUAUGGAUGACUUUGAAGCUUUGGGAAGUCCUGCUGUGGCAUCAUCUAGCCUUCCCACCGUUGGGGAAAGGCUAUCAUUUUCAAGUGUUGCAAAGCUUGGUUUUGCUGCUGCACAUGAUUCACCUGCUCUGAAGACCGACGAAAUUCAAGCUCCCCCGAAGAUUGAUCUGCCUCAGGAGUCUUCUAGUGCAAUUGGGUGGAGAAACGCUGGUGCCUCAUUUGCCAACAUAACAUCUAGAGCAAAACAUGUGGAAGUCCAGCAUACACCUAAGGUGAAUGAAGUAGGGAAGAAGGGGAAAAAGCCAAGCCGAGUUCUCCUCUCGACUGCUGGUGGACGCCGUUAUUGAAGAACUUGUGUAUAUUUUUCCUGACAAAACAAAGAGUUUGAUAUAUUAUUAACAUGCUUGUACUGGUUAGGACUUUUGUUUCGGAGUUGUGAUACGAUCAGAUGGCUGGUGGGGGUUUCGUAUUGCCCUUUUUUUCUGAUCAAUAAUUUGGUACUGGUAUUUAACUCAAGAUAGUUUUGCACUAUUAAAAUUAUGAGCGGCUGAAGAGUUUCUGCGAGCGGGUUUUGUAAGUUCUAACUGCAAGAUUGCGCACAAUCCAAAGCUCCAGAAGAAUGAAAAGAAAGAGGAAAGACGAAUAGAUGUUCCACAGGCACACAAUUGUAAAUGAAGGGAUGCUUGUUCAUGGUGCUGAGAGGUCCUAUUAGUAAGCAUCCAAGAAUAGAAAUAAACAAAGAUUAUAGGAUAUUGAAAGCUA